AUGGAGAAGCUUAGUUUUGUUAAGAAUGGUGUGCUUAGGUUGCCUCCUGGAUUUAGGUUCCACCCAACAGAUGAGGAGCUUGUUGUCCAGUACUUGAAGAGGAAGGUGUUUGCUUGCCCCUUGCCUGCUUCCAUAAUCCCUGAAGUCGAUGUUUGCAAGUCUGAUCCUUGGGAUUUGCCAG